CGGAACUAAAGAAGGCUGCACAAAAUACUCGACCUAUCACUGCAUACUUACCCCUGCCUUAACAUCUUCUAAUAUUGCCUCGGCUUCAACUUCUACUUUUGGAUUGUCAACAGAAUUAUGUGUGCCAACUGAAGUAGAAUCAAUAGGAAGUGAAUCAAUGGAGGUGGAAUCAAUUAAGGUGGAAUUGGUAGAAUCAAUAGAGUUAGAAUUAGUGGAAUCAAUGGAGGCAGAAUUGGUAGAAUCAAUGGAGACAGAAUUGGUGGAAUCAAUGGAGACGGAAUUAGUGAAAUCAUUGGAGACAGAAUUGGUGGAAUCAAUGGAGCUAGAAUUAGUGGAACUAACAGCAGAUGCAUCAGCUAAAAUUGAUGAGAAAACAACAAUGAGGUUAGCAAUUGAGGAGCUAGAUGGUUUAUUAAAAAAAAAUGAUAAUCAAAUAGAUAAAGGUGUAAGGACUAAAAUAAGGGCAAGCACAAUGAUUGCUAGUUCAUUAGGAUGGGGAGAUUAUAAAGCACGAUGUAUUUGUGCGUGGGCACAAAAUUGGUUAAAGUGGCGAAAACUUCCUAAAGAUAAUCGUGGCAAAUUUACAAAGGUAUCAAGCCUUCUUGAUGAUGAGAGAAUAUCCAUGAAG